GUGUUGAAGGGGUUCCCAGAGUGUCUUCAGGCUGAUAUUUGCCUCCACCUCAACCGUACCCUCCUGGAGAACUGCAAGGCCUUCAAGGGCUCCACGAAGGGCUGUCUGCGAGCCCUGGCCAUGAAGUUCAAGACCACCCACGCCCCGCCUGGCGACACCCUGGUGCACGCCGGCGACGUGCUCACCGCCAUCUACUUCAUCUCCCGUGGCUCCAUUGAGAUCCUCAGAGGCGACGUGGUGGUGGCCAUCUUGGGUGAGGAUGAUAGAGGAUCGGAGCUUCUAUCAACCCAAAUAGUAUAGGUUCUACUACGGCUAGUGUCGCAUGUAUCCCUAAGGGGAAGGAAUAGAAAACUGAAUGUGGUAUAUUCAGAGAAUCAGAGAUGUGCCAGGGAACCAAAUAAAUAAAAAUGAACCAACACUGCCAUCUACUGGGAAACAAUUGGUCCUACUUGUACCUCACAGAGCUUCGAGAACAGGGCACUCAAGAGGGGUGAAACGCUAUCUCAUUAAACAAGCGCUAGUACUGUGUACCAUUUUGAUUAUUUAAAAUCUGUAGGUUUGCCGUGUGACUUCUCAGUAAUAACAUAUAGGACUGUUUAACGUUCACAGUUUUCAAUGUAUGUAAAAUACAGUACAAUACAGUCUCGUCUCCCGCAGGGAAGAAUGACAUCUUUGGCGAGCCUAUCAACCUGUACGGGCGGGCUGGGAAGUCCAAUGCCGACGUGAGAGCUCUGACCUACUGUGACCUCCAUAAGAUCCACAGAGAAGACGUCCUGGAGGUGUUAAACAUGUACCCUGAGUUCUCCGACCACUUCUGGAUGAACCUGGAGAUCACCUUUGACCUCCGGGAU